AUGGAAUUUAGGGACAUUAAGUUGAACAUUAAAAAUCUACAAAAAAUGCUUUAUGAUGCUCAAAAUGAUACUAGUUCAACUGAUCAGCAUGUUAGAGUCAAAGCUAUUACUAGUGAUAUGGAAAAUUGGUACAAAAUUGAGUCUGACUUUUAUAAGGAGGAAUCUAGGGAUAAGUCUAUGUUUGAUAUGGACAAUAACACUGGAUAUUUUCAUACCAUGGUUAAUAAGAGAUUGCAUACCAAUAAUAUUAGUGCCCUUUGUGAUCAAAAUAGAAAUUGGCUUAGGGAUAAGAAUGAUAUUAAAAUGAUGCUUACUAAUUAUUUUAGUGUUGUUUCUUGUACUUCAAAUCCUGAUUUGCCUGAUCAUUGUUUUGAUAUUAUUCCCAGAAUUGUCACAGAUGCUGAUAAUGUUACUUUUUUUGCUAUUCCUAAUGAAUUUGAGAUUGAAAAUGUUGUUAAAAAUAUGCAUGCUUGGAGUUCUCCAGGUCCAGAUGGCUUCCAAAAUCCUAAAUUGCCAUCUGAAUUUAGGCCAAUUGGCCUUUGUAAUGCCUCUUAUAAGAUAGUGUCUAAGAUCUUAGAUAAUAGAAUCAAGCCACUUCUUAAGAGAUUAACAUCUCCUUACCAGGAUGCUUUUGUACCAGGGAGAGAUAUUCAUGACAAUAUUAUUAUUUCCCAUGAUAUGAUCCAUUCAAUGAAACACAAAGAGGGUCUCAGUGGUACAAUGGGAAUUAAACUAGAUCUGUCAAAAGCUUUUGACAGACUAGAAUGGUCUUUUCUCGAUAAGGUUCUUGAGAGUUUUGGAUUUAGCAAAGAUUUUUGCAAUUUGAUCAUACAAUGUGUUACUACUACUAGUAUUAAUGUUCUUAUUAAUGGUUCACCCUGUGAUCAGUUUGUACCAACAAGAGGAAUUAGACAAGGGUAUCCUCUAUCCCCUUAUCUCUUUAUUCUGGCCAUGAAAUAUCUUUCUAGGUCCCUACUUGCUGUUGAAAUGAAGAAAGAUCUUACUGGUAUCAAAGUUUCUAGGAAAGCUCCUCCUAUAACCCAUUUAUUGUUUGCUGAUGAUAUACUUAUUUUUGGUCAAGCUAAUAUGAAGGAUGAAAAGGCGAGGAGGAAUUUUUGGUGGGGACAUAAAUCUGGUGAAGGAAUUAAAUUUAUCUCCUGGGAUAGUAUUAAUGUUUCUAAGGAAAUGGGGGGACUAGGUUUUAGAGAUUUAGAGAUAUUUAAUGAAGCUCUUAUUUGCAAGUUGGUUUGGAAAAUUAUAACUGAACAAGAUCUAUUGUGGGUUCAGAUUUUGAGUGCUAGGUGUGGCACUAAGAUAAAUAUUUGGCUAGAUAGUUGGGUUAUAGGGUUGGAUCACCCUCCUAUUCCUGCUGAAGGGCUAGUGAACACUAAUGCUUAUACUUAUGUGUCUGAUAUUUUCCACGAAGCCAAUAGAAUUCUUGGAAUGGAUGUGCCUGCAAUAGGAACUGAUACCCUAAUUUGGUUACCAGAUAGGAAAGGCAUUUUUUCAGUUAAAAGUGUUUAUAAUGUCUUAUUUAGGCAAACUAAUUUCAAUGCAGGGGAUACUUCUGUUCCCUCUCAAGUCUGGAAAUCUCUUUGGAAGGUAAUAACAGAAUUUUUGGUGCAGCUUCAGAAUUGGAGUUCACCAGAUUUUGGUCGUCUGAAAAUCAAUAUUGAUGUUUCAUUUGUUAAGGAAACUUUUCAGGGAGGAAUUGGACCGAUUAUAAGAGAUUUUGAAGGUACCUGCCUUGGUGUGCAAGGGGAAUAUUUUAAUGGAGGAAUGGAGCAAGGAAUAAAAGUGGAGGAGCUGGAAUCCAGAGCUAUGAAGAAAGUUGUCACUCUGGCAAUCUCAAGGAAUUUAACUAAUGUCACUUUUGAGUCUGAUAGUGAAAUGCUAGUCAAGUCCAUCAAUGGUUUUGAUUUCUGUAUACAUUGGAUGAACCAAGGUUUAAUCCUAGAUAUUAGGUUUAUGUUGAAUAAAAUUAGUAACUGGAAAUGUGUUUCAGUUAAAAGAGAACCAAAUAGUGUAGCAAACAAGAUUGCUAAAAAGGCUAGGAUCACAAAGUCUAAUUUUGGUUUUUUGGGUUCUUACCCUCUUGACAUUCAAGACUGGGUUACCCAUGAUGCUCAUGUAAUUUCUAUCUGA